CCGAUUUGUUUAAUAAAGUAUUACCAUACAAAGAUAUUCUGCCUAAUGACAUUUGUCAAGAUAUUUUGCGAUCGCAAUUUAUUCCGAGUGCACCGGCGACAUCAGCACCAUGCAAAGCUCGCCCUCGUGGAGGUACCGGACAAUUGAUUGGCGGAUACAAUGAUGUUCCUUGGAGCAAUGUUGGCGGAUGGGUUCCAUCUCAUAAGAGUUUUAUUUUUUCAUUGGGUGAUGGGACAAAUAUUUCAGACAGUAUUUUGAGCCGUGUGCACACGCCACACUUUGCUAUCUAUGAUAGUAGUGAUCGUGGUCCAAUAUUUGGUAGUUGGGAUUUGGGAAUGGGAGCAUACGAUCAUCCAUUUGAUAACGAAGCUUCUUGCAAUUGUCAACAACAUCAUUACGAGCGAAAUAUUAUGGAGUCAACUGACCGAUUUGCCGUUGAAGAAUACGAAGUUUUUCGGGUUGAUAGAAAAAUCGAUUGGGUGAAAUAA